GGCGCUGCGUUUUCAAACGGUAAACACGCGCAACUGCAGCUGGAAAAACAAGGGAAAAAUUCAAAUGAAAAUCGCAACUGAAGCGUUUAUUUUACGUUAAAAGAAGAAGAAGAAAACACCUGCGCCUGAAUUAUUUGCAGCGCAGCUAAUUGAAAAUAAUUGAAAACGUUCAAUCAAAAGCUGCAAUUUAUCAAUAAUAGCAAUGAGCACAUUACGUAUACGCCCCCUUAAGCCGGCACUGCAGGCGAUUGCCGUGCAGGAGCUGAACGAGGUGCCCCAUCGGGUGGCCGAUGACAUUGAGGCCUUGAGGGAUUGGGUGCUCAAGCAGCCGCAUUUGCGGGGCUGCACCGAUCAACAGUUUCUGUUGGCCUUUUUGCGCGGCACCAAAUUCAGUUUGGAGCGUGCCAAACAGAAAUACGAUCGCUUCUAUACGCUGCAAGCAUCCAUACCAGAGGUCUUCAAUGAGCGACGUUUGGCAACGGAUCCCUUGGUGUUAGAUAUUAUACGCUCAGGCAUCUUGCUACGCAUACCGCAAGACGAGGAAGAUACUGGACCCUGCGUGUCCAUCAUACGCGCCGGCUCCUAUGAUACCAGCAAAUAUAAAUUUCAGGAUAUUAUACGCGUUGGUUCCAUGUUCGGGGAGAUCAUGAUGUUCGAGGAUGAAAACGCAACUGUUUCCGGUUACGUUGAGAUCAUGGACAUGAAGGGCGUAACUGGCACUCAUCUGUUCGCCCUGCAGCCGGAGCUAUUGCGUAAAUUCUCAGCGUACGCCGAUGAGGCUAUGCCCACACGCCAGAAGGGCAUACAUUUCAUCAAUGUGCCCCCGGCCUUUGAGACGGGUUUCAAUACAUUGCGAUCUUUCUUUCCGGCAAAGAUUAAGAGUCGGAUUUCGGUGAGUUCCGAUCCAGAUGCCAUAUUCAAUAUUGUGCCGCGAGACUAUUUGCCCUUGGAAUAUGGCGGAACUCACGGCAUAGUCGAGGACAUUAGCCACGCCAUGGAAAAGAAGCUUUUCGGCUAUGCACAAUAUUUCUCGGCAUCGCAGCACUUUGGCACCGAUGAAAAGCUGCGCGAUUUUAGCUGUCCCGUUCUGGAUAAAUGCAGCUCGUUCGGUGCAGUCGGUUCUUUUCGAAAAUUGGAAAUCGAUUAAACCGGAUUAUCGGCAAUUUUAUAGACAAUUCACUUUACGACUGCGCAUUACAAAAUGAAUUUUAUUUUCCGAUUUCCGUUUACGAGCAAUGCCCUGCUAAUCUUAUCGUUUGUUAAUCUUAUGUUUACCCGGCGAUAUUAUUUAAUUGCUCUACUUAACAUAGUGCAUGGUAGGGUAGUGCAUUUGGAGCCGAAUAGACAAUUUAACCUCUAUAAAAGCUGUCCUUGAAAAUGUUAAAUAUUUAAAAAAUUAAUUAACGCCUCACUAUGCGAUUCUCAUGAUAGGACCUAAAGAUGCAGACUUGGGCACAGUUUAUCUUCUAGCUUAAAUCUUCUAGUUUAAAUUUUGAGCCCCAGUCUAAAAACAAUUUUCGUGUAUUGUGAAACUCUAUUUCUCAUGCUAUUCUCUGCUAAUCUGCCUGUUAAAACGUACCAGGUAGUUAAUCUGCAUUGUAUAUAUUUGACAUGGGAUGUACAAGAGCUUUUCGUCGACUUGGUGUUGCCACAUAUUUAUAAAAACUGUUAAGCCCAUGGCAACUACCAUGAACUUUGCCGGGAGGAUAAGAAAACUGAACUUAAGAAUUGACCGCAAAUAAAUUUGCUUCAUUUAAUUAAAAGGAGGUUUUGAUUUCCCCUUCAGCCCUUUAAAUAAUAACGCGUAUAUUUUGGUGUUUUGAAUGUUUGGUUUAUUUUAGUUUUCCAUUUGAUAUCAUUUACCAUUGAGCCACCAAAAUUGCUGAUGUUUUUAUUUUGAAAAUGCCUCAAAUUCGUAUUAUGGGAAUUGUGUGUGUAUAUAAGUAUGUGAGUCGCACUUAGUCGUAGUUAACCCGAUGAUCAGUAAUAAAUAUACAUAGAUUUGAA